CAUUUUGAGAGAUCGUUAGAAGGAAACCAACAGUACAACCAGAAGGACGGUAACAUCUAGGUACGGCAGCGGCGUGUCUAACAUCUUAACAUCACCACCAUGGCUGACCCGGAAAAACAGCCCGAACAACCCGCGGCUGUGCAAAAAAAAACAAUCAUUGCUACCAAAGUCACCGGGACCGUAAAAUGGUUCAACGUGAAGAGUGGUUACGGGUUCAUCAACAGAAAUGACACCAAGGAGGAUGUAUUUGUCCAUCAGUCGGCAAUUGUUAAAAACAACCCGAAAAAGGUCGUACGUAGUGUGGGUGAUGGAGAAGUCGUCGAAUUCGACGUGGUGAUUGGCGAGAAAGGGAAUGAGGCGGCUAAUGUCACUGGACCCGAAGGGGAAGCAGUUAAGGGAUCGCCCUACGCCGCUGACAAACGCCGUGGAUAUCGCCAAUGGUUCUAUCCAAGACGCGCGAACGCCAGACCUCAACGAAGACCACGUGAAGGACAAGAAGGUCAAGCGUCUGGUGAUGGCAAACAGGAAGGAGAAGCUAGCGCUGGUGAAGGUGGACCACAAGUGCGUCGUUAUCGACCACGACGUCAUUACGAUGGAUAUUAUCGAGGAGGACGUCGUUCAGGUCCACCUCAACAACAAGGUGAAAAUGGGACAGAAGGCGGUGAGCAAGGAGGUGAGGGAACUGGAGACGUGGCACCACGAGGUGGAGGACGCGGACGAGGUGGUCCAUCUCGUCGCUUUUUCCGUCGUAAUUUCCGCGGUGGCAGGGGUGGCGGUCCUUCUAGACGUCCACGUAGCCAAGAUGGACAGUUGGAGAAAAAGUCGGAUGCUUCUAAAGAUGCACCAACCAAUAAUUCCGCUCUUCAGGAGAGCCAACCUCUACAGAAUACCACUACUGAAAGCACCGCUUAACCAUCAAUUGGUACCAUUACGAUGUAAACACUCUUUUAUAACACCAAAUACCCGUUAUACACCGUAACAACAGCAAAACAUCAGCAGCGUAAUAUCUGCAACAACAGCAGCAACAGCAACAAAGCAGCAACAACAAAUUCUAUAACAAUUAUUAAAAAAUCAAAAAAAAAAAAAUGAAGAAGAAAAAGAUGAAAGGAAUAAAAGAAAGGAAAUGAAGUACCAGCAAACGCUACUUCACACUCUCCCCACGAAAGUUAAUCAAAAUUGUGCGGCAUGUCAACACAUUUGAAGGUUUAACGGACAGUGGUGAAAAUCGGAACAAAAGUUAUUGCGAUAGAGAAAACCCUACUGAUGGUUUUUGUGAAAUGCUUUAUCUUUCCUUUUUUUACGUUUAAAUAACCUAAUAACGCUAAGUAACCACCUUGGAAAAUAAUCUAUCAAGGCUCAACUCAAGGUUCUGUUUAUCACGAUCCAAUUAAAUAUAUUUGUUUACUUGUGAAAGAAAAGCCAAUAAUGAAUGAAUGAAGACGUUAUGAUUUUUUUUUUUUUUUUGCUGGUCUCAUAUCAAAAAAUAAAAUCGUCACGUGUAAAUUAUUGUUGAUCGAGGAAACAACUAAAGUUGAAAGAUAGAAGUAAAUGUGUUUCAAUAAUGAAAAUGUUGGAGAGGCAAAUUAAUUUUGAAAUGAAAUAGGCGAACAUCUUGAAAAUGUAGUAGGUAAAAAUGAAAAUUCUUAUUAAUUCAAAAUUGUUUUUCACCCAUGUAUUUCUUAAUAUGUUAUUUAUGAAAAAUGUUUGAUUAGAAUUCCAUCGAAAAGUUGUGUAUUUCUACUUUAUAUAAUUAUUUUAUUUUCUCUCAUAUUAUCAAAAUUGAUAUAAUUGAAUUAAUAUUUAGGCUUUUAAUACGCAUAUUUUUUUUUGUGAAUUUAUCGAAUUUUACACAAUAGUGUGCUCUUAAUUAUUUAUACAAAAUUGAAUUUAAAAUUCUUGAGAUAAUUUUUUGUCGUCACAAUGAAAUAAUCUGUUUUGUACGACAAUAUUGAGUCCUUCGAUUUUUUUCUAAUAAGA